CUUGUUUCUCUUCCCCCUCAUUCAGCAUGGCUGGACUCUAGUCCACCUUUCCCUCUUCCCCGCUUACUUAACAAGCGACCCUUCUUGCAUCCUUGUGUUUCCUGCUGGGGUGUUUGCUGUGCCACCAUCUACAUCAUCAUCUACCUACCAACCCGUCGGUCUGAACCACCGGCAUGUUGGACCCGAUACCGCCGCCGCCAGCAUGGCUGCGAGACUUCGUCGACCCCUGGGCCCAGCGAGUCAACCUGCCUGGCCUCUCCGAUCACUUCCAUGAGGUUAUCAUCUUCUUUCUAGGCUACCAGUUCAUCCACUCGGUGCUGUCCCCAUGGCUCUCCCCGAUCCUCUUCCCCCGCCACUAUCCCAAUCUCAACAAGCGCACCAAGCUCAACUGGGACGUCCAUGUUGUCUCUCUGAUCCAGAGCAUCUCCAUCUGCGUUCUGGCCCUGUGGGUCAUGUUCACCGACAAGGAACGCCAGUCCAUGACCGUCGGCGAGCGCGUCUACGGGUAUACCGGUGGCUGCGCUAUGGUAGGAUCCAUGGCCAUGGGAUACUUCGUCUAUGAUCUCAUCGUCAGCACGAUGCACCUCCGCAUGUUCGGCAUCGGCAUGCUGUUCCAUGCCAUCAGUGCCCUCUGGGUAUUCAGUUUCGGCUUUAGACCCUUCGUGAACUACUAUUGCCCCGUCUUCAUCCUCUACGAGCUCUCCUCCCCCUUCCUCAACAUCCACUGGUUCCUCGACAAGCUCAACAUGACCGGCAGCGAUCUCCAAUGGUACAACGGCAUGGCGCUCCUCUCCACAUUCUUCUCCUGCCGCCUCAUCUGGGGCACCUGGCAGUCCGUCCUCGUCUACAAGGACAUGUGGUACGCCCUGAAGCAAACCUGGGACGCCACGGGCGUUUCUGCCCUGAACCCCGUCGACAUCACCACGCAGGUCUUCCAGCUCCGCGACGGCGCCCUCUGCGUCGACGAGGCGUGCGCUCGCGCCGGUGCCGAAAUCUCCAAGUACGCGUCCCACACCGCUGGCGGCGUCCCCACCUGGCUGGUCCUCACCUACGUCGCCUCCAACCUGAUCCUCAACUCGCUGAACUACUACUGGUUCUCGAAGAUGGUCGAGACCGUCCUGAAGCGGUUCCGUCCCGAAAACAAGGACAAGCCCGCUUCUCAGACCGCUAAGGAGGAUAUUGCCCAGAAGGCCGUGCUCGACGCUGCCACGAAGCUGAAGGAAAAGGAGGGCUCGCUAUACCUGGGCGAUCAAGCUUCGCAGCAGAAGGCUGCGUCGGGAGCGGAUGCCGCGAAAAGCGCUGAGCUGAAGAAGCGGACUCGGAGAGCUUAAUCGCUCUUCAUCUUCUUCUUUCUCACCCCCUAUACUCUCCCAAUCUCUCUCUCUCUAGCUACUCGUUACCUAUCGUACUACUAUAUGCGGUAUGCGGCGUUAGCUCUGUAGAUAGUGAGUGGGAUGUUAUGUGCCUCUAGCACUACGCACAAACAAGAUCUAUUCGUUUUUUUUUUUUUAUUGAUAUAAUACAAUACGCCUUCGACGGUCUUCGUAACGACUGGGGCUUGCGUCUUCUAUCUAUUAUCUUGGCAAUUUCUCACGGCAGAGAUAAGUUGGUGUGCUAUUUGGAGUGCGGUUUUGGCUAUCAGUAUAAUUAUAACUGUCGUGGAUCCGACAGUCUGCUUCUGAAGAGUAAGCUAGAGCUGGAGUGAUACGCAGCUCUGAACCAGAAUAAAGAUAGUAUCCUAGAAAUUUGAAUGAAACGCGAAUUAUUGAUAUUCUA